AUGGAGUAUUCUGGAUUGAUCCAAGAACAACAACGUCGUGUUUCAGAUGGUGAAAUCAAUGUACAGAUGAAUGAUGGUAUCAUUAAAGAACGGCCUUUAUUAAGUGUUCAAGCUGUAUCGAGUGAUACUGAAAGUUUAGUUGAUGAUAUUACCGAAAAUACAUUAUUUAAUGAUCACGAUCAAAUAAUUAAUAAAAAUUCAAUUAUUGAAUCAAGACCAUUAAGUAAAGAUGACAUGUUACUAUUACCUCCCUUACCACAAACAUUUUUACCGUCAACACGACAAAGUUCAAUAGUCAGUGUUACGGAGAUGGAAUCCUUCGAAAUAAAUAAUUCUAAUGUAUUGCCAUCAUUAAAUGAUCUAGAAUGCGAUAAAUCUGUUGAUUAUACAUUACAAGAUCUUUCAAAAGCAUUAGAGAUUAGUGAUAUAUCAUCAAGAGUUCAUAGUCGUAAUGUAUCAAUGUCAUCAUUAUCAUCCAUGACAAAAUCAAAUUCGAAUAUAAAUAUAAAGACAAAUUAUGGAAUGACAAGUUCAACAUCAACAUCAACAAUGUCAUCACCCGUUACAAUGCCAUCAUUUUCAUUUGGUAGUAAUACUAGUAGUUCUACUAAUACUUCGACUGAUUUAUCACGAAAUAAUAGUAAUCCAAUGAUAACAAAUAAACGAUUUUUCCCUAUUAGUUUAACACGACAAAAUAGUCUUACAAUUGGUAAUAGUACAAAUACAAACACAAACACAAAUACAAUUACAAGUACAAAGAUUAAAUCACGAUCUAGAUCAUUAUCGAAUUCUAAUAUAUUCCGUAAACUAAGUCUUGGAAAUAUUAAACCAACAAGUAUACCAGAAGUUGAAAACACAACAACAACAACAACAACAACUGAAUGUGAAACAACAAUACAUCAUCAACGACUUAUGCAAAAUAAUAAAUUAUUUAUAAUUGGCAAUAUUACAACGAUAAAGGAAUUAACUAAAAAAUUUGAAAAAGUUAAUUUUAAUAAUAAUGAAAUUGAACAAGAAAAGUAUAUUCAUAAAUUAAUUGAAUUACAAAAAAAAGAUGAUAUGUUAUUUGAUAUAAUAAUUAAAAAAAUAACGAAAGAUAAUUGGAGUUCAAAGGAAGAAAUUAACGAUUUAAAAUUACAAAGAAUUAAAUUAAAUGAAUUAUGGGCUAAAAAAAUUAAUUAUUAUCAAAAUUUAUAA